GUUUGGUGAUCAGACAAUAGUAGUCCAGCUAAGAUCAACUCAUAAACUAGCUGCGGUACCAUGGCCCAAAAGUUUGUCGUCGCCUUUGCCCUGCUGACCCUUGCGGUCAUUCAGGCAGUUCCUUUCCAUGGCCACGAACAUCAUGAACAUCAUGGCCAUGGAGGAGCCACCAGUCACGCCUCCGUGCAUAUAACAUCCCACGGUGGCCACCACGAGGAGGGCCAUCAUCACGGGCACGAGGAGCAUCACGGGCACGAGGAUCACCACGACUCCCAUGCCGAGUAUGACUUCAGUUACGGGGUCAAGGAUCACAAGACUGGGGAUGUGAAGGCGCAGAGCGAGUCACGACAUGGCCACAAGGUCACCGGACACUAUGAGUUGAUCGAUGCCGACGGUCACAAGCGAACUGUCCACUACACCGCCGACAAGCACAAGGGAUUCGAGGCGCAGGUCCAUCGCGAGAAGCUCCACGGACACCAGGAGGAGCACCAUGGUCAUGACCACGGCCAUGGACACAGCGGCUACGAGGGCGGACACGUUGAGUUCGAGGAGCACUCCUCGCACUCCGGCCACGACUACAGCCACGGACACGAAGCACAUGGUCAUGGUCAUGGUCAUGAUCACGGCAGCAGCUCCCACAGCUACUCGCUGAAACAGGAGCAUGGACAUGGACACAGCCACGGAUCGGAGCACGGACACGGCUAUCAUUGAGUUGUAGUUGCCCACUAAAAUAUCAAAUUGUUUUUCUAUCUCUAAUUGAACACUUACCAAAUACCUAUUGUUGUUAUA